AUGCUAUGUCAAUCCCUCUUUUGGGGUUUACCUGGUAAUGCGUUCCCAUUGUUUUUUCUUCUUCUAUCUAUAGUCUAUAGUGUUUGGUUUUCUCAAAGGAAUCAUACUAUGCAGAGAAGUGGAGUACUUCUGAAAAAACAGGCAGUCUUCGUGACAGGUGCACGAACUCCAUUUGCGAAAUCAUUCGGAUCACUUAUGAAGGUUAAUAAUGUUCAAUUGGGGACUGCUGCUGUUGGAGGUCUCUUACAGAAAACUAAACUUGAUCCGAAACAUAUAAAUCACAUUGUUUGGGGUAACGUGGUACUACAACUUGAUGCUCACAACUGUGCACGAGAGAUUGUUAUUGAGCUUGACCUCCCCAAACACAUUACAGGUAAUUUAACCAGUAUGGCAUGUGCAAGCGGAUUGAACGCCCUGUCUCAGGCUGUUAUGUUGAUUGAGAGUGGUCAUGCUGAUGUGGUUAUCGCGGGAGGAAGUGAUAGCGUAAGUAAUGCUCCACUAUUGGCACCACAAAAAUUCUCUUAUGGAAUGGCUAAACUUACUAUGGGAAAAAAUAAGGGUUUAUCAGGACUCUCUGCAUUUUUCAAAGAGGCUGGAUAUAACCCAUUAGACUGGUUACCUCGACCCAACCCUUUGGAAGAGCGAAGUACAGGUAAAACAAUGGGAUGGCACGGUGAUAUGAUCGGUGAGCUUAACAAUAUAUCACGCAAAGAUCAAGAAGCACUUGCUGUUGCAUCACACAAGAAUGCGAAUGAAGCACUGAAGAAGGGAUAUUUUAAGGAUGAAGUUGUUCCUGUUACUGUAAAUGUGAAAGGUCAGACAGUUGAGGUUACGAAGGAUGACUACAUUCAGUCAGAUAUUGAAAGUAUGAAAAAGAAAAUGCCUUCUCUUAAACCAGUCUUCCGUAAACCAAAUGGUACUGUAACUGCCGCCACCUCAAGUGGAUUAACAGAUGGUGGAAGUGCUAUGUUGGUGAUGUCAGAGGAUAAGGCGAAAGAAUUGGGAUACCCUACUGAUGUCAGGGUUAAAAGUUGGUACUUUUCUGCUAUUGAUCCUUACCCUCAAUUAUUGCUUGCACCUGUACUUGGUUGGGGUCCUGCUCUUAAACGUGCUGGACUCACCACGAAAGAUAUUGACCUAUUUGAGAUUCAUGAAGCCUUUGCAGCGCAGGUACUUGCUACCAUAAAGUGUCUGGCAUCUCCAGAGUUCUUUGAGAGGUACACAGACUCCAAAGAGGUCGUACUAAAGGAAGCGUUUGAUUUCUCAAAGCUUAACGUCAAUGGAGGUUCUUUGGCGCUUGGACACCCCUUCGCAGCUACUGGUGGUAGAAUUGUAACAUCACUUGCGAACGAGUUGCGUCGAACUGGAAAACGUCACGGACUUAUUAGUAUAUGCGCUGCUGGAGGAUUAGGGGGUGUGGCUAUAUUGGAACACACACCGAGCAAGAAGUAG